GACCCCAGGGUGGCGUCGUUACAGCCCAUGUUCCCCGAUUUCGAUGCUACAAUUCUGCAUUCUGUCCUAGAAUCCGUGGGAUGGGAUCAGGACAGGGCGGUCGACACCCUUUUGGGUAUGAAUGAUCCAGAUUAUGUCUCGCAACACCAGUCCGGUCCGCCUGCUCCGUCUCAGACCGAUCUGGACGAACAGCUCGCCCGUCGUCUCAUGCUCGAAGAGGAACAGGAACAGCAAGCGGCAAUCCAGCGGAACCAUCAAUGGUCGCCUUCCAACCAACAAUCACGCGGGAGGACAGGCUACUCUCCGCCGCAAGGUGGCGAGGGUGCCGAGCGCGACACCAUGGCCGAGGUCCAGGAACAGUUUAACAAAGUCGCGGAAGUGGGAAAGAAGACAUUCACUUCGAUUGUGUCGAAGGUGAAAGCCAAGAUGCAGGAAUUUGACCAAUCAAUGCAGGGCCAGGGCUCCAGUGCCGGCACAACGCCUAAUUGGGGCGGCACUGGCUCCUCUUCGUACCCUCAAGCAGCUCAACAACCCGCUGGGGACCGCCACUCACAGCAGGCGUACUAUGCUCCGAAUCCGUACACUGACCGGAUUGCGCAGCCUGUGGCGAUAGGCCAAGCACCCCCCUCUUCAGCGACAGCACAGGGCUACGACGUCUCGCCGAAUCCCACUCCUCAAACGCCAUCGCCUAACUCAACGAACUUGCCAUCGCCCUCGAGUUUCCCUGCGCCACACAGCGACACCCCGCGUCCACCUGCCACGCAGACGGGUCCCCCUACUCCUAGCAUCGACCCCAGCAAGAUAGGCUUGCUACCUAAACGCCCGGUGUCGCUCGUUCGGGACCAGCACUCUUCCACGCGGCCUCGCGAUGACGACGACGAGCUUGAAUACGUGGAGAAUCCGUUCGAGGAUCGGAAGUGA